AUGCCCCCUCCUUCAGAAAUACCCACCCUCAUAGUCGGUGCAGGACCUGCGGGUCUUGCACUUGCGCUCACUCUCAUCAAGAAUGGAGUUAAGGUGCGGAUCAUCGACAAGGCCUUGGACUAUCACAUCGGAACCCGUGGUUCUGGCCUCCAGGCUCGCACCCUUGAGGUCCUCCACUUCCUAGGAGUCCUUCCGGAUAUUCAGGCCAAAGCCAUCCCCAUGAAGCCCCGCCGGCUCUACAAGCUUCCGCGCGGUGUGGAACCAAUAGACACAAGAUAUAUGCUCCCUCCGAUGGACCCUACACCAUCUGUGCCAUUUGUGAACGCGUUGAUGCUCGGUCAAGAAAGCUCCGAAUCGAUCUUGCGCACUCACAUAGAGAAGCUUGGGAGUCAUAUAGAGCUGAGCACUGAGCUACGCAGCUUGGAGCAAACUGCCGAUCAUGUCGUAGCCCAUCUCGUGAAGAUAUGCGGAGACGAAGAAAUUUCAGAGACCGUCACUUGUCUCUGGCUUGUUGGCGUUGAUGGGGCAAAAGGAGUCGUGCGGAAGCAGCUCGGCCUGAGUUUCCUUGGUGAAACUCGAGUGGAAGAAAGUAUCAUCGUGGGGGACAUAGAACUCCGGGGUUUGGAUACUGAUUAUUGGCAUACCUGGGGAGAUCGUUUUACGACAUUCGUGAUGUUGCGUCCCACAGAAACCGAUGGGUUGUUCAACUUCGUCCUUUCGGGCCAAAUGGAUUAUUCGCUGGUCAUAUCUGACCAUGCUGAGCUGAUCCGAGCCCUCCGUGCCGGUACGGACAGAAAUGAUCUGGUCUUCGGUAGAGUCAGAUGGAUCUCCAAUUACACGCCGAACAUUCGUAUGGUCGAGAAGUUUGCAGACGGUCGCGUCUUCUUGGCUGGCGACGCCGCGCAUGUACAUAGCCCUAGCGGCGGACAAGGAUUAAACUCCAGCGUGCAAGAUGUUUUCAAUCUCGGCUGGAAACUUGCGCUCGCAAUUAAAGGCGUUGCAGCGCCUUCUCUGAUGUCCACGUACAGCGAAGAGCGCGUACCCGUCAUCCGCGAGAUGCUCACGCAGACGACCAAGAUCCUCGACAAAGUGAAUGCUGCACGAGCGGACGACCGCAGCAGCCAGCAGGUGGCAUGGACGCGCGGGAGGCAGAUCAUGAUGCUUGGCGUGAACUACCGCUGGAGCUCCGUCGUCGUCGACGAGCGUGUGCAAGAUACCCCCGAGGAGCAGGCGCUCAGUGCGUAUGGCGGAGAAGGUGGCAAGGAGGUGCGCGCUGGAGAUAGAGCACCGGAUGCCCCGGAAUUAGUUGUACUGGGCGGCAGCGAGGCUGCAGCAAAGUCCACUCCGACUUCGCUCUUCGAGAUCUUCAGCCCGGCCUACCACACGGUGCUGUUGUUCUCCGACGACGCCAGUUCCGAACAGCUGUGUUUUGUGACGCAGGAACUUGCGCUACUCCCCAAGGAUCUCGUGCGCCUGGUCACCGUGUACCCCCAGGGCGCGCGCCGUCCAGAGGAUGUUGGCGCUGCAAGCGCCCACUUCAACUUAGUGGAUGGAAGUGGACAUGCUUAUGGAAGCUAUUCCAUCCCUGAGAAGGGCCUAUUUGUUGUGAUCGUGCGGCCUGACGGUGUUGUCGGCGCGAUGGUUUCCAAUGCCGAGGGCGUCAGGCAGUAUUUGCAGGGCGUGUUCUCUCUGAGCGCGUAA